AUGUGCUUAAGAGAGGAGAUAUCAAUGAUGAUGUCCUAUCUUUUACAUAUAAAAUAUGACUAUGUAUUUAUGUCGAAUAUACAUUCAUGUAUGUUUUCACACCGAUGUGAUAUGGAGCAACAGAUAGUAUUUCGGAAUGAAGCGAGUAGUGUUUUUGUU